CCUCUGUCCCGCCCCGGCCAUGGCGGCGCGGCUGUGGCGGCUCUGUAACCUCCUCAUGGCCGCCUUUUUCGGGCUGGCGGCCGCCGUGCAGGUGAACGACCCCGACGCGGGGCUGUGGACGGUUGUCUACUUAGUGCCAGCUGCCCUGACACUGCUUGUCAGCAUCAACCCUUCAAUAACAGACAAUGGUGUUUGGAGGAGCCUCUGUGACCUUCAUUCUGCUGGCUGUGUUGUUGGGACCAUUGCCUUGGCUUGCUCUUUGUUUGCUUAUGCUCAAGGAAACAUUUUUCAUGAGGAGGAAGGCAGAGAAUUGUUUGGUCUGGUGAUUAUUACAAUAUGGAUGAGUCUUUGUCGCAGUUCAGCAAAGAGUCCCCUGGGAGGAGCUCAUUUGGUUGCUGCAGUAGUUGUUGCCCUUUUCCCCUUUGUUUCGUGGCUGUACAUUUAUGUGAACAAAGACAUGCGAGAGUCUUGGCCAACACACUGCAAAACCGUGAUUUAAUUGGGUGGGAGAAAGUCUGCAGUGACUAUGCUGACCUUAUUUGCCUUUGUUUUUGAUGCUUAACAAAAGGUGUGUCAGUUUGAUAGGACCCAAGAAUACCUGGCUGCUUCCAGCAGUGCCAGUUGAGAUUUAGUAAAAUGUUGAGGAACACUGUCCAAUCUGAGUGGGGAAUUUUUCUACAGAAACUGUUCACCUUGCUGCUUCUUACAUUUUCCAAACACCAUUGAUCUAAUGUCUGUUCUGAUGGUAUAUUCAGGAUAUCACUGUAGCCCUGGAUCACUCUCCAAUCACCUCAUAGUUUGAGAACUAUUCUGGGACAAAUAAAGCAAAUACUGUUUUAAUAAAUGACUAUUUACAGCCAUAGGACUUUCAAUAAUGUGCCUAGAUAAUCCCUUUCAGACUUAUGGGAAAAUUGAGCAGUCUAUCUCUGUCCUGUGCUAAAAUCAUAUGUAGAAUAUAUCUGAAAGAAUUAUUUUUGCUAUUAUCUUUAACUGAAAGUCACUGGUUUUACUGAAUAAUAAACAUUAUUUUUUAUAAAAAAA